CACCCCUCUCUGCCCCUGCUCCCGCAGACAACUUGGGGGGGGCGGGGAGGCAGGAUUGUCCCUGGCUGGGGGGCACGGGGACAGCUCGGGUGGGUGCCCAUUGUGGGCAGCGGGUGCUGAGGGGGGGCUGCUCUUGCUUUCGGCUGCGGCAGGUCGGCCUCCGGCAGCAUGAUGGAGAAAGGGCCCCCCAACUCCAGCGAAGGCCAGCAGGGCUGGUUGGCAGCCAGGAACGGCAGCGGCGGCUCCUUGGACCUGGAGUCAGUGGUGCAACCCCUCGCCCUGAACCCGUGGGACGUCGUCCUCUGCAUCUCCGGGACCAUCAUCUCCUGUGAGAACGCCGUGGUGGUGGUGGUCAUCUUCUACACCCCAACUUUCCGGGCUCCCAUGUUCCUCCUCAUUGGCAGCUUGGCCACGGCCGACCUCCUGGCCGGUUUGGGGUUGAUCCUGCAUUUUGCCUUUGUCUACUUCAUCCCGUCAGAGGCCAUCAGUUUGCUCACGGUGGGGCUCCUGGUCACCUCCUUCACGGCCAGCGUCAGCAGCUUGCUGACCAUCACCAUCGACCGCUACCUGUCCCUCUACAACGCCCUCACCUACUACUCGGAGAGGACAGUCACCAGGACUUACAUCAUGUUGAUCCUCACCUGGGGAGCCUCCAUCUGCUACGGGCUCCUGCCCAUCAUGGGCUGGAACUGCCUGAAGGAGCCCUCUGCCUGCAGCAUCGUCAAGCCCCUGAUGAAGAACCACCUCAUCAUCCUCUCCAUCUCCUUCUUCAUGGUCUUUGCGGUGAUGCUGCAGCUCUACGUGCAGAUCUGUAAGAUCGUCUGCCGGCACGCCCACCAGAUCGCCGUCCAGAGACAUUUCCUGGCCAGUUCCCACUACGUCACCACCCGAAAAGGCAUCGCCACCUUGGCCGUCAUCCUGGGCACCUUCGCUUCGUGCUGGCUGCCCUUCGCCAUUUACUGUCUCCUGGGGGAUUACAGCUACCCGGCCCUCUACACCUACGUCACCCUCCUCCCCGCCACCUACAACUCCAUGAUCAACCCCGUCAUUUACGCCUUCAGGAACCAGGAGAUCCAGAAAGUGCUGUGGACCGUGUGCUGCGGGUGCUUCUCCGCCACCAUGCCUUUCCGGUCCCGCUCCCCCAGUGACGUCUGACACGUCCUCCCCUCCCCAGCCUCCCUGCACCUUUCACUUACCGAUUGCAGUUGGAGGAUUUUCUUUUUUUCUUUUUUCUUUUUUUCCUUUUUUUUUUUUUUUUCCUCUCUCCUUUUCAUUGCCAGAGACACAUCACAGGAGCUCUCGGAAACAAGCAGCUCUUCCCAGCCCCGUCCUUUUGGGUACAACCCCUUCUCUUCAUCUAUUUUUCCACUUUUUUGAAUUUACAGGGGAGAAAAACAUAUUUUUUAUCCAUAAUAUAAUCUAUAUUUAUGUGUGUGCAUGAGAGAGACAGAGGGGGGGA